GUUUCCGAGCGCGGCCCCGCCACCCCUCUGUGAAAGUCCCCGCGUCUCAGUUUCCACGACCGUAUUUUUUUACCUUGCUUGGCCUAGUUUUCAAGUUCAGUAUGACACGGUGAAACAGAAAGGCAGUGGACAUGACCGAGUUCCUGCAAGGCCGCGUGCUCUGCAAGCCUGCUUGACCCGUCCCGUCUCGCCCCCACUAUUGGCCGUUCUGUCGCAGGUCCCGACCCUCACCGAGGUUAGCUGACUUUCUCGCAUCGCCAGUGAGUGGCGGAGGAGGACACGGACGGAACCGUUCGUGCUCCCCACUGAAGUUCUUUUCAGCAGACACUCCCUUUGUCUGGGCUGUAGGAUGGAGCUGUUCCUCAGCCAAACCUUAGCCCCACAGCAGCUGCUUCCUGAAUUUCUCCCCUUGAGAAUUCUCCUUUUGGGUUCCUCUUCCCAGCACAGUGUGCUCUGCUUUGCUUCUGCCUUGAUUACUUCAGAAAUCAGCUGCAGCAAACAUCCAUCAACUGGUGCAGAGGGGUGAACACUUGAGCCCUAGGUUCUUGUCCUGGCUCUGCCACUUCGUGACCUUGGGCAAGCCCCUUGUCUGUUUAGUGCUUUAGUUUCCCUUUGAAUAGAAUGGGUAAGUGCCUUCUGACUGGCAGGCUCUCGUCCAGUUCUCCCCUCCUGUCCUCCAGCAGGCUCUCCGUGGAGGCCCGGACCCUUCUCCUCCCCAUGGGCAGCUGCCAGGCAGGGCACAACCUGCAUCUCUGUCUGGCCCACCACCCACCUCUGGUCUGUGCCACUUUGAUCCUGCUGCUUCUCGGCCUGUCAGGCCUGGGCCUUGGCGGCUUCCUCCUCACCCACAGCACUGGCUUGCGCAGCCCCGACAUCCCUCAGGACUGGGUCUCUUUCUUGAGAUCUUUUGGCCAGCUGACCCUGUGCCCCGUGAAUGGGACAGUCACGGGGAAGUGGCAUGGGCCUCAGGUCGUGGGCUUACUGACCACCUUGAACUUCGGAGAUGGUCCAGACAGGAACAAGACACAGACAUUCCAAACUAUGGUCCAGGGUAGUCACAUGGGAUUGAAAGGAUCUUCUGCGGAAGAGCAGGUCCUCAUUACUGCCAGAGUGACCACAGAAAGGACCCCAGGAACGUGCCUGUAUUUUAGUGCUGCUUCAGAAAUCCUGCCCUCCAGCCAGCCGCCCCUCUCCUGCUCAGAGGAGGGAACAGGAAAUGCCACCUUGAGUCUUCGGACGACUGAGGAGUGUGUCAGCGUCUGGAGCCACGAAGGCCUUGUGCUCACCAAGCUGCUCACCUCGGAGGAGCUGGCUCUGUGUGGCUCCAGGUUGCUUGUUUUGGGCUCCUUCCUGCUUCUCUUCUGUGGCCUUCUCUGCUGUCUCACUGCUGUGUGCUUCCACCCGCGCCGGGAGUCCCACUGGUCUAGAACGCGGCUCUGAGGGCGCUGGCCUAGUUCCCGUCUUGUUCUCAGGUAAGGUUCUUUGCCCCAGUCCUGUGGGAGUAGGGGAUGGGGUAGACGUGGCAAUUAUAACUGAGAUAGGGUUGUUCAUAAACAAAGUGGUUUUACUUAUUUCUGAACUUCAUGUUCAUACUCUUCUGUGACCGCCUUCGUUCGGUGAACAUGUGGAUUUUGAGAUUCAUCCGUAGCUGUAGUUCAUAUCCAAGCUUUCUGGCAACCGUGGUGAGCUAACAGGAUUCAGAUCUGAGGAUGCAUCCUGGAUAUGAAUUCUGUUUAUUUUGCUUUUGUCCUGGAAUCCUGAUACCCAGUUUCAUGAUGCAAAUUUUGUAAAACUCACCUUGAACAGGAUAAAAGGAUUGAUGACGCCCUUCUACUAGGCACAAAGUAUGUGCCGAAGCGUUUUACAUACACUUUCUCUUUUCCAUCAGCCUUCAUUGCAUUUAGAAAAAGUUGAGUUUGCUAACAGUCUUUGGAGGACCACACCUAACAAAGGUGGCAGUGGGCGGGCAACAUUUUGGCUAACUAGUCCAUGUGUCCGCUCAUUAAGGAAAGAAUAUUUCUAUCAAAAGUCUCACUCUGUCAGGUGGAAGUCAUAUAAUUUGAGAGUUAUCUGGUGUGCACCCAGCUCUUAAACUGUUCUCAGCUUCAAUAAGUAGCUGCGGUACCCUAGGAGAUAGCCAUGGGAGAAGCAGAAGCAGCCCAAGCGCAGGGAAUGGCUCUGGCCAGAGGAACUGGGCGCUCAAGGUCCACAUUGCUAAUUUUGCUCAGGGCUAGGCUCCACCUACUUGGGAUAGGAGAUAGUGGAACCCUCCUAGCUUUUCUUAGAUCUGAGUGGACUGGGAAAUGAAGGCUUUCUGGCUCCUGGCAGAUCCUGGGGGUCUGAAGGGCCCGCCCAGUUGGGAUGAGUGCUUGUACCCAUCUGUAGUCACUACUUCCUCUGCUCCUUCC